GGUGCGUCGAGAAAGACGAGAAAUACGUUGAGACCCUCGCUGGCCGACCUACGUCUUCUGGCCCUCUGUGUAUAUAUGUAUAUGGACCUAUCAGUGUAGAUAUCAACCGCUGCGCUGGCCAUUCGGCUUUGCAACUUGCCGCUUUCGCCAUGCCGCCCUGUGCUGUCGUUGUUAACGGCCUCCUUCGUUGCCCCGUUGCUCGCCGCUUUACCAACCUUCCUCGAACGGUUCUGCUACCGCUUCGAUCGAUUCGUCUAAAAACAUCCGCAACGAACAACCGGAAACAGACGGACGGACAUCCAAAGAUUGUGCCGUAUCAGCUCUCGGAAGCGGAAGCCCGUGAGGCCUUCCGGAAUUACCAUGAAACGUGGUAUGCCUCCGCAGCGACAACACUGCGGGACGUUAAGGUCGAGAAAGUCCUCAUUCCAUUCUGGCUGUUUGGCGCCGAGUUUCAAGUCUAUCUUGACUCAGCCCGAUUGGGAUUUGUUGACCGAGCAGAUUUUGGUCGGCAGAACCCGCAGCAAACGCCGGCCCCGCGGAGACUUUUUUGGGAAACCAGGCAAUUCAAUGGAGAACGGUGGGGACAGUUGUCUUUUGACGGAUCAGAGCAGGAAGCGCAGGCCUACGCAUCCACACGAUACCAUCGCCGGUAUGUCGAGGGGAUGUCCGGGCCGUCUCUGUUGAAGCAAGCGCGACCCUACAAUCAGGUCAAGAUUGAUCCCAGCGUUCAGCGGGACGAGUUUCGCGUGCCGGCAGAGAUACACCAGGCGCUUAUGAUGGAGCACGUCAAAAGGAGCGCGCGGUAUCAGGUGGAAGACAGUUUAAAGCGAGCUUAUGGCGCCGACGAGGUCGAGGCCAUCAAACUGUUCGUCAGACAUGCUCCCAGGGGUCCACCGAAGCCUGUGUGGCUAUCGUCCUAUGUUUUCAACGGGACCUAUCGGGGCCAAAGAUUCCAGACGUUUGUCAAUGGGGCAACGGGAGAAACGGGUGGCGAAGUGUUUUGGAGACCGUUGACAGCUGGUCUUGGUGCAGCAGUUGGGGCAGUCGGGGUUGCUUUGUUGGCGCCGUUUUUAGGGUUAGAGAGUUUCGCAUUCCUGGCGGGGUGGAAAGCUCUACUUGCGGCGGUCCCUGGAUACAUGUUGGGAGUUUGGCGCGCCGGACAGAGGCCACUCAGAAACAUCGGCAACGCCGAGAUCGACCGGAGGGAAGAGGCGAUGAUGUUUAGGCAAAGAAUCAGGUGGGAUGACGCCGAGCCAGAGCUAGAUCGUGGACCGAACCCAGGAUCUCGACCCAACCCACCGAAACCGCCGCCACCGCCCAAGCCUCGUCCGUCGCCCGGGCCCCGUGACAAACUGGGCUAUUAUGCUAGAUUGGGAAUACCGACGAAUGCUAGCGCGGACGAAAUCAAGGCGGCAUACAGUCGACAGGCUCUGCUUAUACAUCCGGACAAAGUUCCACCGUUACAGAAAGCGCAAGCAACGGAAGAGUUUCACAGGCUUCAGGAAGCGGCGAACGUCUUACGAGAUCCCAAGAAACGAAGAGAAUAUGAUAGGAGCUGAUGCGGGCUCAUGUGGACUUUCCUACCGCAAAGGGCUUCAACUAGGGCCGCUCUGUACAGUACACAUAGAAAUCGCUAGUAAUACAUAGAAGAUUCGUCUCAGACUUUGCAUCAUUCUCCAUUCAUGCCAAUCUCU